CGCCGAACACCACCCAGCGGCUCGCUCGACACCUACACGUUUCACGCACCUCGCGUCCUCGCCCCGCUCUGUUCGAGUUCCCGUUGUAGGCGCACGCCAUGGCCGCGGCCAUUCUCCGCCGCCUUGUCCCCACCGCCGCCAGCCAGCUCGUGGCGCCGCUGCCGCUUCUCGCGCGUGGGGUCUCCGACUCCGCGGACGCGGUCACCGUUGACACCUCGGUGCCCUUCAAGUCCCACAUCGUGGACCCGCCACCGCGCGAGGCCACCACCUCGGCGCGGGAGCUGCUGUCCUUCUUCCGCGACAUGUCGCUCAUGCGGCGCUUCGAGAUCGCGGCGGACUCGCUCUACAAGGCCAAGCUCAUCCGAGGCUUCUGCCACCUCUACGACGGCCAGGAGGCCGUCGCCGUCGGCAUGGAGGCCGCAGCCACCCGCGCCGACGCCAUCAUCACCGCCUACCGCGACCACUGCGCGUACCUCGCGCGCGGCGGGGACCCCGUCGCCGCCUUCGCCGAGCUCAUGGGCCGCCGGGACGGCUGCUCCAGGGGCAAGGGCGGGUCCAUGCACUUCUACAAGCGGGACGCCAACUUCUUCGGCGGCCACGGCAUCGUCGGCGCGCAGGUGCCGCUCGGGUGCGGCAUCGCCUUCGCGCAGAGGUACAGGAAGGAGGGCACCGUCACGUUUGACCUCUACGGCGACGGCGCCGCCAACCAGGGACAGCUCUUCGAGGCGCUUAACAUGGCCGCGCUCUGGAAGCUGCCUGUCAUAUUGGUCUGCGAGAACAACCACUAUGGGAUGGGGACGGCAGAGUGGAGGGCCUCCAAGAGCCCGGCUUACUACAAGCGCGGGGACUAUGUGCCUGGCUUAAAGGUCGAUGGAAUGGAUGUUCUUGCUGUGAAGCAAGCUUGCAAAUUUGCCAAAGAACAUGCCCUUGAAAAUGGGCCAAUUAUCCUUGAGAUGGACACCUACAGAUACCACGGGCACUCAAUGUCAGAUCCAGGUAGCACCUACCGCACAAGGGAUGAGAUCGCUGGCAUAAGGCAGGAGCGUGAUCCAAUUGAAAGGGUUAGGAAGCUCAUGUUGGUCCAUGAGUUCGCAACGGCCCAAGAGCUAAAGGACAUGGAGAAGGAGAUCAGGAAGCAAGUCGACGCUGCCAUUGCUAAAGCGAAGGAGUGUCCACUGCCUGAUCCAUCUGAGCUCUUCACAAAUGUUUAUGUUAAUGACUGCGGUUUGGAGUCGUUUGGUGUAGACAGGAAGGAGGUGAGGACCGUUCUUCCGUAGGCUGGCAAACAAAAAAAAGGUUCUACUGAUACAGUACGAAGAAGUUUGCUGCGUAUGUAUAUGGACGCAUCACACCGCAGUAGUUUCCUCACUUGUGGUUAUGGUCCUAUGGACCCCGGGUUAUAAUUUCCUCUGCUCGUCGAGCUAUCACAAUGUGCAGCCGAGAUUUUGUCAGGUGCUCAUGUCAUGCCGAUGUUUCGUCUUCUGCUCUACUGCAACACUUCCACAGAUCCCCUUUCUGAGCAGUGCCCCCACGUAAACAGUAGUAGUUGGCUGCAUUAGCUAGGGGGCGGCUAAUAGCUUUUUAUUAGUUACAAAACAGUUUCUUUGUUAACUAUAGCUGUUUCUGAACAGUGCCCCCACGAAAACAAUAGUGAUCACGUUGUGUCGUUGUGACACACCAUUGUCAAGUCC